AAACAAAAACAAAAUUUCUCAACACCACACUCACGAACAUUUACUCAAAAUUUCAAUUUUUCCCACAAAUUUCACAUUUACCCAAAAAAUGCAUUUGAAACAACAUUUUCAUAAUUACAAAAUUUAAUAAUACGUAUUAAUGGAGUGAGAAAAAUCUAUAUUAAUAUUGAAAACUAACUAAGCAAAUAAAUAACCUCCUUAACCUAUAAGAAUGAGACGAAUGCCAAGCAAAACAAAAUGAAGCAACAUUGAAAGAAUCAUUCGAAUUGAAUGAAGAUUAAAAUAAAAAGAAUCUAAACUUCAAAUGAAGGUAGAGAAUCAUAUAUAUAUAUAUCAUAGUGUAUGAAUGGGAGUAGUAAUGACAAGUGAAACACUCGUGGUUGGAGAAGCUCCAAAGUCAACUAGAAAAUUUACAGAAUAAUAAUCACCUAGACAGUAGAAAAGUUAAAAAAAUGAAAAUGUGAACUGAGAAAGAACCUUUAAGAACUUCUUGUGAUUAGAGGAUUGCUGGAAAUGAAGACUAAUACAAAGUUUGUAAGAACUAACUGAUGAAAAAUGAUGAACGAAAAUAGAGGCUCGAGAACCGAAAGAUCAAAAGUUGAAACACGCUGUUGCAACAAUCCUUGCUACCUGUGCCAACAAUUGAAGCUGAAAUUAUGGGGCCAAGACCCGAACAAAGAGGCGCCCAAAAAGGAGGAGGCGAAGCCGCCACCAGUGAAGCCAAAAAAGUCGAAACCGCGGAAAAAGAAGAAGAAGAAGGUGCAUAACAUGGAUGAGGCGACGGCACAAGAGAAUAUGUCGGCGCUUUUUCGCAUGAUGAGGGAUUACUAUGCACUGAAACUGGCCUCACAAUACACGAGCACUGAGAAUAUGGUUGGAGACGGAAAAGCGGAGGAUGGUGAAAGGACAGGUGCUACAGUUCCUGAAACUCCAGAACCAACUGGCGACGAAAACAACGCCGCUCAACCAAUGAUGAACGAGGGGGGUGAAGAAGAAGAGGAGGAUGAGGAGAGGGAUGAAGACGGUAAUCCGGUCAAAAAGCAUGGCGAAAAUUUGUACGACGAAAAUGUGAUCAUACCGGGCAGCACGGGAAGUUUCAGCAAGGACGAUUUCCCGCCCCCCUUACCCAACGACAGCAAUAAGAAGACAACCUAUGCGACCAGCUAUGAUGAGGAGGAGGAUGAAGAGUUCGAGGAUGAUGACGAGGAUGAAACAUGGAAGAAGUGGCAGGAGAAAAAAACUUGAGGAGUCAGGAACUGGAAUUGUUUGAACUCGUAAAAUCAACAACUCAAGAAAUGUGGACUGGAAUGCUGUUUUUGAAACAGAUUUGAUUCAACGUCUCAAAAAGGUUCUUACAAUUUCAACUGAGAUUAAUAAAAUUAACAGCUCAAGAAAUGAGGACUGGAAAGAAAUUGAUGCAAGGCCACAACAACAAUACUUUUAAAAAAGGGUUCAGUAGAUAAAUAGACUAUAUUGCAAUAUUUAUACUAGCAAUAAAAUAAAAAUGAUUUCAUUGAUAAAGUGUCUGUUUUAAAAACAUAG